ACCCCUUGGCGUCCCGAGGGCCGAGUUUGUCAAACACUGUUGCAGUUUCCCAAAGUGAGGAGAUUGCAGAAUCUUAAACGUCAUCGAACAUUAGUUUACACUGGCGUGCUCAUGAGGCAUGGCAGCUGGGAACUAUAGCCCUACAUCAUUCCAUUAUAAUUGUAAUACAAAUGCGACAAGAAUUUGCUUCGAAAAUGCAGAAACCUUUAAGAUGUUAAACAAAUAUAUUAAAAUUCUGUACUCGAGUCCCUUGAUGCCAUUGAAGAAGUUGGCGCUGUCCCUGGGGCUGAAUCGCUCGUGAAACUCCAGUAUUGAAAAAUAACUGUGUAGAGAUUAGUUCUGUCCAUGGUACUGAAUCGCUCGCUGACGCAAUGGAUGGCUAUAUGUUCGCGCUGUCCGUAGUGCUAAAUCCCUCAGGGUAGUAGCUCGAGUAUUACAGUACACUUGCAUUGAUCAAGUCCAUUACAGUAAACAUGCGUUGAUGAAGUCCUUGUAAACGGAGUAAAUUUCACCAGGUAGGUUGUACAAGGUUAAAACAGGUUCGUAGAACAUGUCCGACUUUUGUCAUAAUAACUCCACUGUAGAUGUAGAUACCGUCUGCAUGUUCCUUCUGAGUGGAGAAGUAUUGUCUUGAAGGCACUGAGUCGCAUCCAAUGAAAUGUAUUUAUUGUAAGAGCUCAAGUCUCUACUGAGAAGCAUUGACUUGCGCUUUUACAACUGCAGUAACACAACACACACACCGUUUGGAAGUAAUCUGAAACCUGGUAUCCCACUCAAAAAUGAUGUCAGACUCCCAUGUUAUCAGCAUUGCUGUGCGAAUGAAUAGGAUAUGGCGGGGUAUACGUAAACAUCAGGUGCGUUGUUAGAGGAGCCAAUAUCCUACCCGUGCGAUAUUCCGUGCAGUUACCCAAUAGACUUCAGUUGCCGUUGCUAAAUUUAGCAAAUGUUUUAUAAACUUACGUAAAGGCAUAACGUCUGCGAAUACUAUAAACUAUAUUAUAGUCAGUAUCCCUCUUAAUUGUUAGUGCAAAAAAAUACAACAGAUGUAUUAAUAAUUGUCAAUUGUAAAAGUUAUGGAACAAAAGAGUCGGGUGCGUGCAGUCGGUUUCCUCCAAGAUUAUGCACGGGAUCCUAUUGUUUGACAUCAGAGCGGGUCUAUAGCCCAUGUGGCGUCGUUCUUUAGGCCUACCUCUUUUGUUCAAUGCAAUACUAUCCCGUCUUCCCUGCAAAAGCUCUACCACCAGCACUUCUUUAGCAGGUCCCACAGAGUGAAAGGCUGAAUCAAGGACUACGAACGAACGUGCGUAUGAGCCAAUCCGUGAUGACUUCCUCCCAUGUUUUUCCAAUCGAAAGGAGAGGGAAAAUAGCAAACAUCACAUGUCCCAGUAACUGCUGCUAAAGCUUUUAGUUUGUUAAAUCUUCUCGACUGGUAGAACUAAGUAAUUGGGGGGAGGGAAGCACAACGAUGGCAAUAAGGGGAGAACCGCUCAUUUGUGCAGUGUAAUGUGCGUCCCUUCUUUUUGGUCGAGAUUUCAAAUCGAAACUCCAUUGAGCAGCAUAUAUCUGGAUAAUAAAGCGCUGUUGCGGGGCUGAAUAGCUGAGAAUACACUGAAGAAGGACUGAAGGAGCAAGCAUUUUGAUAACUUGGAUGGAGGGCAAGCAGCACUCAGUCACUGUGGAUUAACUCGGUGUAGAGGCACAGCGGGGGAAGUGCGUUUAAGGUGCAAAGGUCUCCCUGCUGAGAGUUGAUCCGACUUCCCCAUAGCAGACACUUUUUCGCACUCGGCUGCAGAGACGUGCGAUCGGCUAUAUAGAGCAAGCCGGUGUUACUGCGGAGGAAAGCCUCUACUGUUGUGAGGUGUGUCGACGAGCGGCAGGAGAAUGGCAAGGGCUUUAGCGAGUCUGAGGGAAAAGCAAACGCCCGUUUUUCAGCAAAGGAUUCUGUCGAACAGCGUUGGAAUUUGACUCUUUCUGUGUUGGUUUAUUUGGAUCUUUAUUUUAAACUCGGAAGAAAAGCACAAGUGGAUUGGAUUCUGAGGGGUACAAACCAAUGGCAUAUUACUCGGGCACUCUGAAUAGAUGGGCUGUGCGGAAUUGUGCGCUAUGAAAUCCAACGCACCUUGUAUCGAUAUAAUUUAGCCAAAAUCCAAUGGAGCAAAACAAAAAGGAACAUGGGAAAAUAUGAAAUGUGAGAAAAUUCGAUUCCCCUGACCCUCGGUGCUCAGAUCAGGACUGGCGUUCCUUCUUCAAGGUGUUUGAACCUGACUUACAAUGGAAAAACUGCUGGUCUGUCUGUUGGUUAUCGGAAUAGCAGUGAAGGCCCAGAUCUGUCCGAAGCGCUGUGUCUGUCAAAUACUAUCUCCCAACCUCGCAACCCUCUGUGCCAAAAAAGGGCUCCUCUUUGCCCCCCCGAACAUUGACAGGCACACUGUGGAGCUGCGGCUGGCCGACAACUUCAUCACCAGCAUCAAAAGGAAAGACUUUGCCAACAUGACCAGGCUGCAGGACCUUACCCUGUCCAGGAAUACCAUUAGCUUCAUCACGCCGCAUGCAUUCGCUGACCUGGAGAACCUCCGCGCCUUGCACCUGAACAGCAACCGUCUAACCCGGAUAGCCAACGACACCUUCAGCGGCAUGUCCAAACUGCACCACCUCAUCCUCAACAACAACCAGCUGACGUUGAUCCACCUGGGGGCCUUCAAUGACCUGCUGGCCCUGGAGGAGCUGGACCUGUCCUACAACAACCUGGAGUCCAUCCCCUGGGAAGCUAUCCAGAGGAUGACCAGCCUUGCCACCCUCAGCCUUGACCACAACAUGAUCGACUACAUUCCUGAGGGGACCUUCUCUCUUCUCCAAAAGCUCAACCGCUUGGACGUGACCUCUAAUAAGUUACAGAAACUCCCUCCUGAUCCUCUGUUCCAGCGGGCCCAGGUUUUGGCCACGUCUGGGAUCAUGAACUCUCCCUCGUUCGCGCUGAGCUUUGGUGGGAACCCACUGCACUGCAACUGUGAGCUGCUGUGGUUGAGGCGCCUGAGCCGAGAGGAUGAUCUGGAGACAUGCGCUUCACCGCAGCAUCUCUCCGGACGCUACUUCUGGUCUAUACCUGAGGAGGAGUUCCUGUGUGAACCUCCUCUCAUCACCCGGCACUCCCAUGAGAUGCGGGUGCUGGAAGGCCAGAGGGUGGUCUUGAGGUGCAAGGCCCGGGGGGACCCUGAGCCUGCCAUACACUGGAUCUCCCCAGAGGGGAAGCUGGUGGCAAACUCCUCCCGAACGCUUGUGUACACCAACGGCACCCUGGAUAUUCUGAUCAGCACAGUGAAGGACACAGGAUCCUUCACCUGCAUCUCGUCCAACCCGGCAGGUGAGGCACAUCAGACUGUGGAGCUGCUGAUUAUCAAACUCCCACACAUCUCCAACAGCACCAACAGCAUCCAGGAGCCUGACCCUGGCUCCUCUGACAUCUCCACAUCCACCAGGGCUGGGGCCAACGGCAGCAACCACACUGGAGACACCAAAACUAGCACAGAUAAACGGGUGGUCAUCGCCGAGGCCACGUCCUCCACUGCGCUGAUCAAGUUCAACUUCCAGAGGAAUAUACCUGGGAUCCGGAUGUUCCAGAUUCAGUACAAUGGCAGUUAUGAUGACUCUCUCGUUUACAGAAUGAUUCCCCCCACAAGCAAAAACUUCCUAGUCAACAACCUGGCUGCUGGGACGUCGUACGACCUGUGUGUUCUGGCCAUCUACGACGACGGUAUCACCUCACUCACCGCCACCCGCGUGGUGGGCUGUGUCCAGUUCACCACCGAGUCUGAGUACCUGCGCUGUCACUUCAUGCAGUCCCAGUUCCUGGGAGGCACCAUGAUCAUCAUCAUCGGUGGCAUCAUCGUGGCCUCUGUCCUCGUCUUCAUCAUCAUCCUCAUGAUUCGCUACAAGGUCUGCAACACCACUAACUCGGGCAAAGGCACCCUUGUCACCAACGUCCACUCACAGACCAAUGGAGCGCAGUCUCAGGGGUGCACUGUCACACCCUCUGUGUCCAAGCAGGCCAUGGGAGGGUCAGACGGAGGGGGUGGAGGAUGUCUAAAGGCUGUUGGCCACGCGUCAGACACGCUAACGCACUCGUCCGAGACCUCUCUCCCAGACUGCUCUACUGCUACGUCCCAGGUGACCCAAAGCUGGAACACACCUGGAUCCUCAGGGUCUCUGAAGCCAAAGCACAAGCCUGCACCAAAGCCCUACGCUGCUGCUGCCACCCCUGAGCCCAAUAUAGAGGCCCUCCCCAACGCUGAGACCCAGAAUACCAACCGCAACAACUCCACGGCUCUGGAGCAGCCGUGCGCCCCAGUAUUCCACUCCCCCCUACCCUUUUCGAGUGUCAAGGACACCCCCAUAUUGAGACGUGCACACCCAAGACCCUCCUCCAAGUACCUGACCUUACCGGUGGAAGGGGUGAGGGCCAAACGUAGGUACUCUCUAAACGAGGACUCGUCCAAGCACCACUGCUAUGUUGGGACAACACAAUUUGGGAAUAUGUGGUCUAAGCGGAGUAUGUCCAUGAACGGGAUUGUACUUCAACAGGAAGAUAUAGACAGUGUGAAGGCGACCUUUUCCAGUUCAGAGUGGAUUCUAGAAAGCACUGUGUGAUGUGUGCGUGUGCGUGUGCGUGUGCGUGUGCGUGUGUGUGUGUGUGUGUGUGUGUGUGUGUGUGUGUGUGUGUUGGGAAAUCUGUUUUUGAACCAUUUUCUUUUUUUUCUCCUCGGGUUUCAGUUUACUUUUAUUUUCAAAGACCAACAAUAAAAUGGAUGCUUGCCUUGUAGGAAUCAGAAUUGCAUCCCUGCUUUCCUCCGAUGGAGAAAAUCUCCAGGAGGGCUCGGAGCCCAGAGCUCAGCAGUGUUUUCAUACCCAUACAACAGAGAAACGAAAAAGGAAAACAUUGAGAAAAAGAAAACCAACAUACCUGUCCACUUAUACAUUACAUAGUCCCACUGUUAAAGUUGUGGCAAGAGAAAAGCAUUGGUGCCUUACCUUUGCAUAACAGUUGUCCUUUUGCCAGGAGCACCAACAGGAAUUCAGCUGUCCCUGACACAGGAUGUGGGAUCGAGAGGAAUAAGAGCGAUUUCACAAAAAGCCUUUCUAUUACAAGGAAAUAACAUUUCCUGCAUAUAGAGACAAUACAAAAAAACUAUCAAAGACUUGUUACUUGGCCUCUUAUUAAAUUGAUAUUUUUUCAAGACAAAUUCAAGCUUUCUUUUCAAUGACAUUGAUACUGCCUUUGUUUAAAGGCACAAAAAAAACUGUACAUAGAAACAACAUCUGCUGUGUUGUUAUGUUGUGUAAAAUAAAAAAUAUGAAAUAA